GCCAAAGCAAGGCGCAGUUUGAAUCGGGCACGAACGUGAAAAAUAUGCAAAGCUUAGCCAUGGACAGCUUCCAAGACAAAUCGGAAAAUUCGCUCCUUGAUUUAAGUUUCGAGAACAUUGGCAGCACCGACAGGACGAGCUCGCUGCUCGAUAGCACCUUCGAGAAAGACGGAAAACGCGAAAUGGACCCGUUCGCGAGUGAACUAGUGUCCGACCUGAAGGGAAAGGAUAGUGAAGUGUUCGACGAGUGCAUGCCAAUAGUACAGCGCGGAACCUACCGUGAGGAACAGUUGAAUGACAAAGACGAACCCUUCGCGGUGCUUGACCAGUUCCCGGCGGAACCGGUGGAUACGUUUGUAAGCUCGCACAAUUCCGCCCUCGAGGAUGACGUGGUCGAGAGUGACUACAUGAACCCGUACGUCAGCAUACGGCACGACAAGGAAAAAGUGGUGGCCUCGGUGGAAGAAUCAGCUGCUCAUGUUGACCCUACCCCCGUGCUGGUGAGUGUUGCUCCGGCCGAGCUACCGCCACCGGAGCCCGAAAAUCCCAUCGUCGAGCCGAGCAAUGUCCCAGACACAACUCCUGAACCGGUGGCAAGUUCCACGGCCAGCGAUUGCAUCGAGAUUGAGCAAAUGUUCAAAGAUUAUGGUCUCGACGCGUGGUUCAAUCCUGCAAAGCUACACCCAAAAGUGGAAUCCCUAAUCUACUGGCGAGAUGUGAAGAAGUCCGGCGUGGUGUUCGGUGGCGGGCUAGCUCUGCUGCUGGCCAUGUCACUGUUUUCACUGAUCAGCGUGUUCUCGUACCUAUCGCUGCUGCUGCUCUUUGGGACCAUAUCGUUUAGAAUCUACAAGAAUGUCCUGCAAGCAGUCCAGAAAACCGCCGAAGGUCACCCUUUCAAGGAGUAUCUGGAUAUGGACCUAACUCUGUCCCAGGAGAAGGUACAGCAGCUUGCGACCGUGGCAGUGGCCCACGUGAACGCCCUCCUGACCGGGCUGCGCCGCCUCUUUCUGGUGGAGGAUCUUGUCGACUCGAUCAAGUUUGGAGUUCUACUAUACUGGCUGACCUAUGUUGGGGCUAUUUUCAACGGCAUUACCUGCGUCAUGAUCGGAUUCGUAGCAUUGUUCACAUUGCCAAAAGUGUAUGAAAACAACAAGCAAUCGGUUGACACUCACAUAGAACUCGUUCGGAGCAAAAUCCAGGAGAUAACCGAAAAGGUAAAGGCCGCCGUUCCACUGGGCAAGAAAGCGGAAACCGACAAAACUAAGUAAACUACAUAUGUACUAAAUGCUACCCUGUGCGUGCGCGUGGUGGGUCCGUGGCGAAGAGAUGCAUUGAAUUGUUUAAUUUUGUUUUUAACCACGGCACAAAUGGGGGCCCACCAUCAACGGAUGAUGAGUAAAUUGCUAAGAUUCGAACGUUUGCCGUUGUUUGCCUUCAUUUGCUUUUUGGAACCCACCUAUGUGUUUUAUGCCGCCGUUUCGUUCCGUUGCUGCGCUCUUUAAGAAAUCGCCAUAAAACGUAAGCGUCGAAAGAAAGUGAAGGAAAAUUUCAGCCGUGCGUGUUGUGGUGUGUGCCCCGUUGGUUGGGUUGUGUGUUCCGCUUUUCAUCACCCCCGGGGAGGAAGCAAUCUCCGUCUCGAGAGCCAAGCGCCCGUGCAGCACACCGGACGGCGAGGGAAGUGAGUCGUGGUUUUGCACCGUGAAGAUCGUUACUGAGAUUAUUAGUCCAACGGAUUGAUUCGUAUUCAAUGAACGAGUGUUACUCUCUAGAAGAAACAAAAAUAUAUAAGCUACCAUGAAAUUGCGUGUGAUUGUAAUGAACCUGUGAGCGUUACUCUGUAUGCUUCGUUGCCACAGCUUUAAGAAUACCAUGUUUCAUUUUCGAUAGCCAUUUACCGUGGUUCCUGUGCGUGUGGUGCUGGCGUUUUUGUUAAAAACAUGAACCACGUUUUCAAACCCCUUCAACGGCGCAGUUCUUUGACAACCGAUUGACAUGAAAAUGGGAGCGAGAGAGAGCAGGAGCAAGUUAAUAUUUCACGGAAGAUUCAGUAAAUGCUGCUAGGCUGUAGGCUCCCCCAGGAUACAACACUCCGUGUAGAAUUUACAGCACAUGCUUCAAAAUACAAUUUACAACAAGAAAACCAAUUGGACAUCCACUAAUGCAAGAAACUCCUAUGGUAUGGAUAAAAUAUAACUGGUAAUAAUCACUCAAAGAAAACAGCAUUAAAACUAAAUGUUUCGCCAUAGCUAGAAAAUAAAAACUCCGGACCUUU